AAGAUCCGUCGCCGGUAGAAACGUGCUUAUAUAAUAGCGUACAUCUAAGCGACGCAAUUCUGUUGGUGUUGGCGUCUCGCGUUUUGCAGCUUCUCCGUUUUCAAAAGCACUUAACCUGUACGUCCCUCUAAUCCCGUUUUCUUCAGAUCCUCAUUUUCUCGUAGCCCUAAUCGCGUGUUGUAGCCAUAUUUGCAAUAAAGCCCUUGUCUGAUGCCAACAAAGUCGUUUGAAGCUCUAAAAUCUACAUUGAAGCUCUCAAUCGAGAUCAUACUGCUCUGGGAAAGUAGUGUCUUGUUACUAUAAAUAUAUACUGUCUGAUAGGGGAAUUUAGAGAGAGACGCCAUGGUUUCUUCCUACGGGCAACCACGUUUUUCUUUUGGAUUGAUUUCUGAUGUUCAAUAUGCGGAUAUUUCUGAUGGUCGCUCAUUCCUUGGUGUUCCACGGUAUUAUAGGCACAGUAUUCUUGUGUUGCAGAGAGCAGUUAAAGAAUGGAACACUCAUCAGAAGCAUAUGUUUGUGAUCAAUUUUGGAGAUAUUGUUGAUGGGUUUUGUCCCAAAGAUCAAUCUCUUGAUAGUGUACAAAAUGUUGUGGACGAAUUUGAGAAGUUCAAGGGGGGACCUGUGUAUCAUAUGAUUGGAAAUCACUGCCUAUACAAUCUCCCUCGCAGCAAGUUGCUUCCAUUAUUGAAGAUCCAAAGUCUUGAUGGCCGUGCAUACUAUGAUUUCUCACCGGUGCCUGAAUAUAGAUUCGUAGUUCUGGAUGCCUAUGACAUCAGUGCCAUUGGUUGGCCGCAAGAUCAUCCAAAAACAUUGGAGGCCAUGAAAAUCCUAAGGGAGAAGAAUCCAAAUGAAGACAAGAACAGUCCAGAUAAUUUGGAGGGGCCUGAAAGAAGGUUUGUCAUGUUUAAUGGAGGUCUUGGAAAGGAACAGAUGGAAUGGCUAGAUGGUGUUCUCCUGGAUGCAACAAAAUUGAAACAGAAAGUGAUUGUCUGUUGCCAUUUGCCUCUAGAUCCUGGUGCGGCAAGUAAAGCGACACUGCUGUGGAAUUAUGAUGAAGUAAUGAAUUUGAUACACAGAUACAAUUGCGUUAAGGCCUGUCUUGCAGGGCACGAUCAUAAAGGGGGAUACUCCAUUGAUUCUCAUGGGAUACACCAUAGAGUUUUUGAAGCUGCUUUGGAAUGUCCUCCUGGUACCAAUGCAUUUGGAUACAUUGAUGUCUACGACGACAGGAUAUCACUCGUCGGAACUGACAGAAUGGAAAGUACAGACAUGCAUUUUAGCCCCCCAUAUUAAUUUGUAUGACAUGAUGUGUUUCUGUUCAUAAAUAAUGCCUAUUAUUUAUUAAUAAUUGAUAAAGUACCUAUGAUCUUGUUCUA